CGUCGAUAAAUUUCGCAUAGGGUUUUUUCGCGCUCGGUAGCGCUGAUCUACCAUCUUCGAAUGAAAUUUUUGUAGAGUCUAGUGAUCUCCGACGUAAGAUCUUCGACACAUUUGAAAAUUCAAAUUCUUCAAAGUGACCACAAAGCAGCACUCGAGGUAGCGUUCACUUAUAAAAGAAUGUCUGGCGAUGUGCAACCAAGAAAACGAAAGGAAAAACGACGCAAAAAAGAUGAUGAAGAUACUGGUACUCCACCGCCUACUUUGAUCAGUCCGACUGAUACUUCUGUCGAAAAUAUCACUAUUCACGUUUAUAAAGAAAGUAGCACAGGCGGACAUUGGUGUGCACGAAUCAUAUUUUUUAUUUUACUGGCUGUUCUUGUUGGAUUAAUUGGUAUAAUAAUCUUCGAACAUAGAGGGACUACAGAUGUUGAUACACCAAUUGCAUCAUCACGUUGGGCAAGUAUAUUUGAAGGCUGGGUAGAUGACUCGCCGUCUAAUCAUGACGAUGUAUCGCACGAAGAAGAAAUGGUGGAAGCAAAUGAAAAAGUGUUAGACGAAGAGGAAGAAAAGGAAGGCAACGAUGAAGAAGAAUCGGCAGAAACUGAAAAGCAAGAAGAAGAAGAAAGAGAAAAUAUAGAACAAGAAGAGGACGAAGGAAUUGGCGAGGAAGAAGAAGAGAAAGAGGAGGAGGAGGAGGAAGAGGAAGAAGAAGAAGAGGAAGAAGAAGAAGAGGAAGAAGAGGAAGAGGAAGAGGAGGAAAUAGAGGAAGAAGAACAAAAAGAAAUAGAAGAAGAAUCUCAAGAAGGGGAAGAAGAAGAAGAAGCAGAAAAAGAAGAGACAGAAAAUGAAGAUGAAAACGAAGACGAAGGCAUUGACGAAGAAAAUGUCGAUGAAGAAGAAGACAAUAAAACACAACAAGAAUACGACGAUACUGGUACAUUAGAAGAAACUGAUGAGACAAAUGAAUAUGAAGAUGAGAUAGACGAAGGAAAUGAUAACUUUGAUAUGGAACUUGAAGCUAGCAUGGAGAUUGUUGAUAAUUCUGUAGAAGAAAAGGAUAACGAUGUAUCUGAGGAAUUCGCAGAUAUACCUGGCAUUCAUGAAAUUGAUGAUAAUAAUGCUGAACCCUUAGAGGAGAUAGAAAGUGAAGAACGUGAAGAAGAUAUAGAUGAUGUAAAUAAUGAACCUGAAGAAGAAGAAAUUGAAGAAGAAUCUACUAGUGUGGCUGUGAAGUUUGGAGUCGGUGUUGCACUUGUUGUUGCUGCGCAUUUUGUUCUCGUUAGACGAUGGAAUAAUGUUAAUACUUCCCGUUCUCCGCAUGAUACAAUUGACAUACCUGAUUUAUCAAGACGCAAUACAAUAGUUCCACCGCCUCAUAUUAAAAAAGUAAUUAAAUCAACUGAGAAUGUCGACAAUAAAGCACCUAUAGAAGCACAAGUGAAAAAUUAUGAAGACUUGAGAUACAAGUAUAUGGAGCUGCAAAAAGAAAAUAUUUCUCUAACCGAUAUAAAUAAUUUAAUUCCAAAAGAUAAAGCACCACAAGUAAACGAAAAAUGGUCAACUCAAAGUACAGCUAAAGCAGAAAUCGAUAAUCGGGAUCAAUUUAAAAUAAUAUCAUCUGAGGAGGAAGAAGAUUAUGAAUUAGAAACAUCAGAAAGCGAACAUGUUUUGGGAAUGGAAGAAUAUGAUGAAGAGCAGAUGGAAGAAAAUAAUGAUAAUCAGGAAGAAGAAGAAGAAGAAGAAGAAGAAGAAGAAGGAGGAGGAGAAGAGGAAGAGGAAGAAGAUGAGGAAAUCGAAAACGUUGACGAUUCAGAAUUAAUAGCUAAACUUGAAGCAAAAUAUGGAAAAUUAUCCACUCCACAGGAUAGUGAAGCUGAAGAAGAAGAAGAUGAAGAGGAGGAGGAAGAGGAAGAGGAAGAGGAGGAGGAAGCGGAAGAGGAAGAGGAAGAGGAAGAGGAAGAGGAAGAGGAAGAGGAAGAGGAAGAGGAAAAGGAAGAAGAGGUGGAAAAGGAAGAAAAAAAAGACAGCAAAAUAUUAGAACGGAAACGUAAAUAACAAAUUAUUAAAUAUGAAUUAUUAAAUAUUUUUUGAAUGAAUAUACACAUACGCACAUACACAUGCAUGGCAAAUGCAUGCGUACACACACGCACAUAUUAUACAUGUAGAAAUAGAACUUUUAUACAGUUCCCUUUAUUCUAACGGUUAAUAAUAUGUAUUGUCUAUGUUUAUUAAAUAAUAGACAGAUUUG